AUAAUGACAUUUUGGUAUCGGCCGACUAAGAAUUUGGAUCAAUAGGGAGUGUGGUGCAGCGCGUGUGUGUGGCGCUUUAUUUUUCGAAAAACAAAGCAGUAAAUUAUGAGUAAACUGCAUUUCUAAAUAUUACUUUUUUUUCAUUUUCUCUUAGUUUUCCGGCCAUUUUUGUCGUGCGUUUGAAUAAACAAAACGAAAAAGUUUUUUUUUGUUCCGUUAAGAGAUAAAUAGUGUGUUGAAUAGUAAAUAAGGACGAAUAAUGGGUCGAUCACCCUCACCUCGCCGCCGUGAUAAAAAUCGAGAACGUGAAUUCCGGGCACGAAAACGGUCCAGAGAUCGUGAAGUCCGCGGUGAACGUGAUGAACGAGACAGAGCUGAUAGAUCACAUCGAUCAAGAAGUCGUGGGCGCGACAGAAGCAGGAGCCGAGAACGAAAUGAACGAGACAAAGAUCGAACCGUGCCGUCACGGUCAUAUGAAAGAGAUAGAACUAAAACGUCCAGAUCGAGACGCGGACAUGGUGGUGGCAGUAGCAGUGGUGCUAGUAGCUCAAAUGCAACUGUGGGCGAUCGACCCAUUGUUACGGAUGCUGAUCUCGAGGGAAAAUCUGCGGAGGAACAAGAAAUGAUGAAAGCGAUGGGCUUCUGCGGAUUUGAUUCAACAAAAGGGAAAAAAGUCGAUGGAAAUGAUGCUGGAGAAGUGCACGUAAUUCUAAAACGCAAGUAUCGACAAUACAUGAAUCGCAAAGGUGGUUUCAAUCGGCCACUUGACUUCGUUGCAUAGUUUUAUAAUUGCUGCCAAAUUCAAUGAUUUAUUCGAUUCAAAUUAUGUUGGUGUAUUUUGCUCAUAAAAUAAGUUUGUUUGCAAGACACACAAACACACGUUCAAAAGGAAAUCAAUUGGAAGAAGAAUGGCAUCAAAAAUCAGCAAUCGAUUGGAUUGAAAAGAUAAGAAUUUUUUUUUAAACGCAGCCUUAUCAUAACUCAGAUUUCAUAAGCCAGUUGACAACAUUUUGUUUAUGUUCAUCUUAUUUCAUUUUAUUAUACAUACAUUCAUUAAUUUCAUCCGUUACAGCCGUAGAAAUAGUUCCAUAAUACCUAUAAACCUUGCCUUGUUAUCGCAUAACAAUCAUAAAGAAGAUAUGGUAUUGUUCGUCGAUUUUUAUGAAUGUGAUGCCAUUUGGCAUUUCAUUCGAAUGUUUAGCGAAUUUCCUGUAAAGGGAACAUUCUCAAUUUAUAGUGCUUUUCAUUCAAAUGAGCUGACCAUCUAAAUGGUUUGACGUUCAACGGGUAUAUAUUUAUAUAUAAUAUUUACACUGUUUUUUUUUAUUUCGGGUAUACACAACAAACAAUCAUAUUCAUAGAAAGAAAAGAGACUGACGAAAGUACUGAAUGACACAUUUUAUUAACAGUCUUUGUCUAUCUCUGCAUCAGGUUUUCCAUAUUUUUUUAUAAACAAUUGAAUGAACCAUAUUAAAAUUAUUUACACACAACAAUAGAACGGGUUUACACAGAAAUACACACACACAUACUUAACUAAGCUGAUUUUAUGAUAGACUUUAGAUUGGAGCUAUCGGUAAUGCUAUUCGACCAGAUUGCAUCUUAAUUCGUUUGGAUAUAAUCAAAAUGCGAUUGUUGUACAAACACGUAGAAAGAAUUGUUAUAUUCACUUUGAAUUGGACAUUUCCGCUUGGAAACAAAGCAACAAAUGAAAUAAUAGUUGAUUCAUAUCCAUUGCAUCAUUUGAAUGAAUGACCAAAGAAAUGAUCCCUUUUUCUUCUUUUUUUUGUUCUGAAAUCAUUUUCUUUCGGCAAUUUUUUUUUCUCAUCAAAAAUAAUUCAACCAAUCAUAAGAAUCUUCAUGAAAUCAGCUGAAAAUUGCAAUAGCCAGGUUUUACACAUACAUUUUUUACAAUAGUCAAACACAGUUAAAUAAUUAUAUUCAAAUAUUACCGGUACAAGAACAUACACAGCAACAACAACCACAAAAUACAAUAGAUUUUAAGUGUUUAAAUGAAAUAAAACAAAUGAAAAACUAACUUAUAAGUCUUAUAUCGAAUAAAAUCCGUUAUAAAUAUUAUGAAGCCGUACCUACUGAAACAGAAAAAUGCGCCCCAUAUUUACACCAUACAGAAAUAGACACAAAAAUGAAAUGAAUUAUUUUCAAUAGCCACACACACACACAUGCCCAUUCACACACACACACACACACA